CGAAAUGCUACUUCUGAUGCAUUGAAGGCUGACAACUAACGAAAAAGAUCUGCGAAUAAGGGCAUUCUAGCAGAUUGGACAUAAGUACUACAAUGCUGAGAGUGGUAUAAUGAAUGCAGCACUUUUUCGUCUACAGCAAUUACAUUUCCAUCCGAUAUAUCGAUACAGACUCUGAACCACAUCGCAUCGGUAUCAAACCUCGAUUACUGAAGCACCUAACCAACUUGACGCGAUCCACUGAUGAGGAUGGGCGACCUGAAUUCGCAGAGCACGGCCGAUCACGCCAAGGCGAAUCUUUCCAGUCUGCCCCUCGAGUUACUAAUUCAUAUUGUGGAGUGUGUAGACUACCAACGCACUAUCAGACUCCUCCUCUGCCUGAAUCGGCACUUUCACUGGCUUUUAUUGAAUUACUUCAAUGACCAAAUAUUUAGACAUUGCGAGAGUCAAGCCGAGAAACCGAGAAUCGCCAGGACAAAGUUGUGUGUACGCCUAUUUGCUAGCGCCAUUCGUACAAACUCACUCAAUCUCAUUCAAUAUCUGGUUCUUCGACGACCAGAGUUCAACGCCAAGCAUUCUAUGCAACAUCGGUAUACAAUACACCGUACCAGUGAUACAUGUCUUCGUUGGUCUUUCACUGGUGAUGCCCCACAAGUUGCCGUUUUCCUGGUCGAGUCCGGCGCCGAUGUUGACCAGGAGAUGAUACAGUAUCCAGACCUCGCUCCAAUCUACCUAGCACUCACCAAACGCAAGACUUUCGCGGAAAGAGGAACCGAUACUGCUCUCAGGAUUGCUUGUAGUUAUGCCUUACCCAGGACUGCUGCAUUUCUCCUCAAUUUAGGAGCGAAUCCAAAUGCUAAAAAUCAUCUUGGAUUAGCUGCUAUCCACUCUACAGUAAUGAGACGACUACCCUGGCCGGAUUAUCAUAAAGCUCAAAUCCAUCUACAUCAGCGCUAUGGAUCCCACUGGCCUUCUGACAUCCACGCCACGUUGUCCGUCCUAAUACAACAUGGAGCGGAUGUAAAUUUGACUACUCAGACAACCAGAAUCCAUAAGUGCGACCAUGCGUGCUGGAAAUCAUUAAAAUGCGAUCAUAGAGGUCAGACAGCACUUCACCUAGCAGCCAUGAGCGGUUUCGAAAGUUCUGUCGUCACUCUUCUCAGGAACAAAGCAGAUCCUAAUGUGGCUAACGAAGAUGGACUCACACCUCUAUAUGGUGCAUUAUGUCAAGGACAUGGAAAACUCGCGUGCGUUCUAUUGAAACUCUCCGGUCUCAAAAACCCUGUUGUGGAUAUAUCAGAAAGAUCUACCGCACUACACGUUGCGUGCCGCUUUGCCUACUCGAGAAUGGUACAUGCCAUGUUGCUCCAGGGCAUCGACGUCAAUGUCAUCAACUCCAAAGGUCUUACGCCUUUGCACGAGGUACUUCUUCAGAUGCAAGCUUCGAGAAAUAGGAGUGUCUUGAAGACAAUAAAACUUCUCGCGGAGUUUGGAGCUGAUCCGGAUGCUACGACAGGGACCCACACACCACGUCAGUUAGCUAGAAAGCAUAGAAGUCCUGAUGUCAGAGAGAUGUUUACCUCUGUCAAAUUGCCAACUUCAUCCAUGCGUCCGUUGCGUCCUUCAAAAAGGUCAAGAGAUCCUGUGGAACAGCGAGGAAUAGGACUCAAUAUUGAGGAUGAGUAUUCGCUCAAUUAUCCACCCUUAUUCUCAGGCGAUCGCAGGAUCCGUUGCAUCCAAGCGGUAGAGACGUCAAAUAUCGGAUCCGACGUCGUUGCUCCGGCUGGGAAGAUCUCCAGCUUCACUCGGGAAGAGCCAGUACCAAUUUGGACUAAAGCCGAAACUGCCAGAAUCAAGACAAGCCUUCUGGGAGAAUCAAAUGAACCACCUGCCCUUGGCUCUGAAGCAACCUGCCGAGAGGAUUAUGAGGUCUUUCCAGCUCUAAUCGCAACGCACAGCGAGCAGCCUUCCAAAAACCCAAGUGGUGAGCUAUGGCACUCAGCAUUGUUCUGGGGCAGCUAUACCAUGCCGAAAGAUGACAAAGACAAAAGAGACACGACCAACGGAAUGGAAAGACCAGAGACACUCAAGAAUAUACAACAACAUGGGGGCCGACGAAAGAAUAAGAAAUGGACACCUCUUAUGAUGAUAUGAAGACAAUUUAUUGGUCCAUCUAUGGGAAAGCGGGGAGAUCUUCAUCACCCAACAUAGAUGAUUGAAAGCCGGAAAUUUAUGUACAUAAAGUCAAUAAAAAUCAGCAGAUAGUCGAUGGCUCUCGCGGCUCAUCCCAACACGAUCUGUCUUGAUGUCGCC